CACAGAGAGAGAGAGAGAGAGAGAGAGAGAGAGCACUGUUUCAGCCAUGGCCGACAAAUCGGUCCCAUCGACCACCAGAUCCAUCAUCAUCAUCAUCACCGAUUUCAUCCCUCAAAUAUCACAAUUUGAAGACUCGUCGAAUACAUUUUCUCAACACCUCUCUCUCUCUCUCUCUCUCUCUCUCUCUCUCUCUCUCGCGUCUCUGUUCUCUGUGAUUCUGGAAGAAAGGCUCUGUUUCAAUGGGUGAUGAAGGAGGGUCGGAGGCGGUGGAGCUGGAGCUGGGACUCGGGCUCAGCCUAGGCGGUGGCGGCGGGUGGGGCGCGUGCGGGCGGAUUCUGACAGCGAGAGACUUUCCCUCUGUUGGGUCGAAGAGAGAUGCCGAGUCCGUCUCUCACGACUCUGGCGCCUCUCCUCCUCGUUCCAGUCAAGUGGUCGGAUGGCCGCCGAUAGGGAUUCACAGGAUGAACAGUCUGAUCAACCAAUCCAAAUCUCUAAGGCCGGAAGACGACGAAUCAGAACGAGAUCAAGAACACGAGAGAAACAGCAACGAGGAAGAAGACGAUGAUCACAGCCAUGGAGAUGAAGACCCGAGGAAGAAGACGGCGAAUCGGAGGAAGCACGAGAAAGCGAGAUCUGGGUUUGUGAAAGUGAAUUUGGACGGGAUCCCGAUCGGGAGAAAAGUCGACCUGAAUGCUCAUUCUUGUUACGAGAGUUUGGCUGUCGCUCUUGAGGACAUGUUCUUCAGCUCCAACUCGAACACAACUGGGACAUGUUGUGAGAAGGAUAACCAGAAGAAACCGAAGCUUCUAGAAGGAUCUUCGGAUUUCGUACUGACUUACAAAGAUAGAGAGGGAGAUUGGAUGCUAGUUGGAGAUGUUCCUUGGAGGAUGUUUGUGGGUUCUGUAAGAAGGCUAAGGAUCAUGAGAACUUCUGAGGCAAAUGGACUUUGUGUCUAAACCCUAGCAAAGUUGAAGUCUUUGCAGAGGUAACUUGUGUUCCAAGUUUCUAGGAGACAAGAAGAGAAACAAGACAUGGAGAGGGGAAUCAAAGAUUAUAUAGAAGCUUAAAAUCAAAGUUUUUUUAAAAAAAAAAAAAAAAAGAAAAAGGAAAGGAAAUAUGUUUUGUUUGUCAUUAUGUUUUGUUUGGUCUUUCAACCGUAUUUUAUAUAUUUUUGUACUUUUAAUUUGCAAA